AAAAAAUUUCAUUUAUGACAAGAGAGAAGGGAGCAAAAUCUGGAAAAGCUUUUGAAGAGGAAAAAAAGGCUGAGAAUAAUAAAUAAAAAGUAAAGAAAAGAAGGAAGGAAAUGGUGUGUGUAUAUGUGUUGGUGCAUCUGCAUGACACCAAAUCAGUGAAGAAACUGAGUAAUAUUACUGCCAGCUCAAAUUUCUCAUUUAUAACAAGCCAGCCUCAGGAGGAAAAUCACAUCAAGGAGUACUCAUGGAGGAGGGGUUGAGUAUUUGCUGUUGCUAUUAAUUUCUUCUUCUUCUUCUUCAAUAUCUCUGUCUGUUCUAUCUCCCUCUAGAUUUUUCUUUUGCUAGAAUUCUCUUCCUUAUGAGUUUUUUUCUUUCUGAGAUUGGGGAUGUGAAUUAAAGAGGACUCAAAUUGCAUGUGGGUUUUCCAGAAUUCUGAUACAGUUUUGGGGUUCAAGGAGAAAAAGAACACUCUCUCAGGUGAAGCAGAAGAAGGUUAAUUGUUAUAUAUAGGACUUGCUAUAAGAGAUAUGGCGGCAUCAUCUUCCUCAGCGUCGCUCUUUGGAUUUAGAGAAGAGGAUCAGAAUCAGAUGAAGCAACAACAUUCCCUGACACCAUCUUCAUCAACAACACCAGCUGCACCCCCACCCCAGAAGAAAAAGAGAAACCAACCUGGAACACCAUAUCCAGAUGCGGAGGUGAUAGCACUAUCUCCCAAGACCCUAAUGGCAACAAACAGGUUUAUAUGUGAGGUGUGCAACAAAGGGUUCCAAAGAGAGCAAAACCUACAGCUACACAGAAGAGGACACAACCUGCCUUGGAAGCUUAAGCAGAAGACUACAAAAGAGCCAAAGAGAAAGGUUUAUCUGUGUCCUGAGCCCACAUGCGUUCACCAUGACCCUUCAAGGGCUCUUGGAGACCUCACAGGGAUUAAGAAACACUACUCUCGCAAACACGGUGAGAAGAAGUGGAAGUGUGACAAGUGCUCCAAGAAGUAUGCUGUUCAAUCUGAUUGGAAAGCCCAUUCUAAGACUUGUGGCACCAGAGAAUAUAGAUGUGACUGUGGCACCCUCUUCUCCAGGCGUGACAGUUUCAUCACCCACAGGGCCUUCUGCGAUGCACUGGCUCAAGAGAGUGCAAGACAGCCACCUAGCCUUAGCGGCGGAGGAAUUGGCAGUCAUCUGUACGGAAGCACCACCAACAUGGCCUUAAACCUAUCUCAGGUCGGUUCUCAAAUCUCAACCAUGCAAGACCCUAACGCCCAGCCCACCGAGCUCCUCCGCCUGGGCGCCGCCUCCGGUCGAACCGGCCAGUUCGACCACAUCCUCGGUUCACCCUUCCGACCGUCGAACCAACAACAACAACAACAACCUUUCUUCAUGUCCUCCGAACCCAACCAAACCUACCACCACCCCGACCAAAACAAACCCUUCCAACAAGGGUUAAUGCAGUUGUCUGAUCACCUUAACAACAACAGCCACCACAAUAAUUCACCCUUCAGCCUUCCCUUUCUCUCCAACAACACAAGCAACGCUUCGUUCUCUGAACACUUCAACAAUGCCAAUGGAGGAGGAGGCAACAACAACAACAACAACAACAACAACAACGAGGGCACUAACUACUUCGCAACUUCAAGUGCACCUUCUCUCUUCAGCAACAGUGUCAAUGCCAGUGCCUUAUCUCACAUGUCCGCAACUGCACUGCUUCAGAAAGCAGCACAAAUGGGUGCAACUACGAGCAACGGCGGCACCGCUUCGCUGUUGAAAAGCUUCGGAAGCGCGUCCUCCAGCAGCGGCGGCGGCUCGAAACUGGUGAAUGCUGCAAACUACGUCAGUGGCAUGUUCGGAGGGAAUAAUCACGUGAACGAACAGAGUAACAGUAACCUCCAAAACCUGGUGAACUCGUUCGCUGUUGGUGGAAACUCUUCCAUUUUCGAAGAUGGGUUUGAAGCAUAUGAACAUAGUAACAAUAACAGUAAUAGGGACCCAAAAGUGCACGCAAUGAGUGGAAGUAGCAGCAGCAUUGGAGGGUCUGAUAGGCUCACCCGCGAUUUUCUGGGUGUUGGUCAGAUAGUGAGGGGAAUGAGUGGGAGUGGAGGAGUUGCGCAGAGAGAACAACAGCAGCAACAUGGCUUCAACUUGAGUUCUUUGGAGGCAGAAAGAUAUAAUAAUAAUAGCAAUAAUGCUGCGCCGUCAUCAGGGCAAGCUUUUGGAGGUGGUGGAGGGAAUUUUCAGUGAUGAGAAAACUUAUUCUCCAUCAUGCCAACAAGGUACAAAGGGAUUUCAACUUGUUCCAUUGAAACUUGACUGUCCAGCUCAUCUAAUUAAGGCAUUUUUAAGUGCAGCAUUAGGGAAGCAUAUGUGAAGUUUCUGCAGUUUACUAAUAGCGCAAGCAAAUUAGGCUUCAAAAUUAGGGUUCUUCAACUCCGUUACAACUUUCAGUUUUUUCUUUCCCUACCUUUCUAUAAGUUUAUUCGGUUUAUAAACAAACUAGCUUCAAGAUUUUCAUGGUUUAAUUUAAUAGAUUUUGUUAUUGGACAAUGCAUUACUUAUAUUUAAAUUUGACUGCCAGAGAUGACUUUGUUCAUAUAUACUUUGGCAUUUUGUGCAUAAAUGUGUUUGGACAUCUUCAGAGCGGGAUGGCCCCGUUAUGUCACAACUCA